AUGCCGAUACUCGAAACCCGCAAACUGACCGUGCCUAAUACAGCAAAGCCUAACCGACCACAAACUAUCCAGGAGGGAAAAAAAAAGAUAAAAUUUGAAAAAUUAGGAAAAAUAAAAAGAACAGCUCUAACCCCAAUGGAAGGGUUGGAUGAAAAUCACAAACAACCUUGGAUCCUUCGUAGUUCCACUACCUGCGACUCCCCCAGCCUGCAACGAAAACGCAGAGGAGAGAUCUGUUUGCAGAUGGUGGCAAGUAGCUUGAGCGAUGAGGAAUGUGGGAUAUCAGAGAAAGGAGAAGGAAGAGAAGGAGUGGGGAUACUCCACAGGAAAGCAGAAUAG